AAGACAACAGGUGGAAGGUCCUCAUCUUCCCGAAAAGCACAAGCGAGGUAUGGAUAGUUAAGUAUGUAGGGAAUAAAGAUAAACACGACCACCGGCAAAUUCACAACAAGUGUGACGUCGAUUGCAAAAUAAACAAGAUGUCGCCCCCCGCGGUGAUGAGCGCAUCUCAUCUUCCACAGCACAAAUCCUCUUCUUCCAGCGCCCCGCCGGUUUUCCAACCACCUUAUCCUGACUAAAAACGUCCUCGCCCCAGAGUCAAGAUGGCGACUGCGCUACACAAAUCGACAAGUGUUGGAAGUCACGCAUGACAAGUUCGUGGUCUCUGUACUAUGGUAGUGCACGUUAAUAGCUGCAAGGGCGACCGCAUUACAAACCAAACCCCUCAUCCUGUUUACAGCAUUACAAAUGCCAAACUUCUCUGGGGUCGUGGGGACGUUUUUGCUCAGGAUCCACCCCCGCAGCACAUCAACCGGAAUGAGCACGUCUACCUACGUAUGAAUUGCAAAAAUGUCUGGGUCUGGAAGAUUGCCAGGUUUGUCAUGCAUAUUCUGCAUGACCCAUGGAGUCUGUAAUGCAUGCACUAGCAUCACAGACUUUUGCUGGGCUUCCGAAUGCCUAUUCCGGAUAGGAAAUGCCCUCUCCGCGUAGCACAAACUGGAGUCCUGUUGCUGGUCACGCAAUACAGAUUUCUUUUGAAUCCAGAGACAGCAUCACAAGCUUAGAAUCUUCCAGACCCAGACAUAUUUGCAGUUCAUACUCCGGAAGCGCUUUUUGGAGUGCUGCUACGUUCUCCGAGAGUACAAGACGAGGGGAAAGGAAGCGUUCUUUCUCCAAUGUGCGGCGAACCUGGACGCGAAGGAGCUACAGCGGCUGGUGCGGAUCCAACUCGACCACUGUCCCACCGAGGGGAAGAAUUUGUUUUUCGAGUACUUUUAUCAAAAGCAAAUAUGUGUGGAAGGUUUGUCAUGCUUGUGCGAGGUUUGUCAUGCUUGUCUGGCAUGACUGAAGAACUUGUGAUGCGUGACAAACCAGUACACGGUGUUCGUGUGAAGGAGCAAUGUCGAUGUCGC